AUGUUGUCCCCGAUAUACUCAAACAUCUUUGACAAGAUCAACGUACCAACACACAUUUCUGACGAAGACUUUGAAGAGAUCCACGUACCAACAAACAUUCCAUACGAGGGCUUGGGCAUCUACCCAAUUACCUUUCCCGAUCCUCCUCCUACACCACCCGGCGGCGGUCCCCGUGGACCUACCCCUUGGCCAAACGUGCCUACGCCCCCAAACAGUCCCUAA